AUGUCUCAACCUCACCCCUUCUCCGGCCACUGGCAACCUAAUCCUCACCUCCAGCACCUCUACUACGGCCCCGACUGCGUCUCCCAACACCUCCUCGAUACCCUCCCAAAAUCUACAUCCAAAGCCAUCAUCAUCACCGGCACGACGCUAGCUACCCGAACUCCACUCGUCCAGCGCCUCCAAACCCUCUUAUCCACCCACCACGCAGCCACCAUCUCCUCCAUCGCCCAACACACUCCCUCCCACAUCAUAGACGAUGCCAUCAACAUUAUAGUAACCCUCCACGCCGAAGACCCAACAACCGACACCCUCAUAUCUCUAGGCGGCGGCUCCCCCAUUGACGCCGCUAAAAUCCUUGCCCUAAAAUUCCAUCAAGCCACCAAUAUAACCCUAACCCACCUCGCCAUCCCCACGACCCUCAGCGCCGCUGAAACCACACCCGCCGGAAGCACCACGCAACCCGAUGGAACCAAAACCGGCAUCCGAGAUGCCAAGAUGGCAGUACAUGCUAUUUUCUACGACCCGGUGUAUACAAAGUACACCCCGAUGGAUCUCUGGCUCAGCACGGGAAUCAGAGCCCUAGAUCAUGCCGUCGAGGCGAUGUAUCAUCCUACUGCCAGUGAAGUGCCGUGGAAGAUCCUUGCUAUAUACGCAGUGAGGGAAUUGUUCGAGUGCUUGCCCAAGGCGAAGAAAGACGGUGAUAUGAGCGACGACGCCACAACUGUUAGGCUAAUGCUAGCUUCAUUUGCUAGUUCGGGACUUAAAGGUGAGGAUCUGGGCGCUGGGAUGGGAUUAUCACAUUCGCUGGGAUAUGCGCUGGGGAGUCCGUAUGGGAUUCCGCAUGGGAUUACGAGUUGUGUUACGCUUGGGAAAGUGGUCGGGUUUAUGGUGGGUGAGGGGAAGGGGAGGGAGAUUGCAAGGUUGGUGAGGGCGGUAGGGGGCGUGCGGACGGGUGAUGAUGAAGUCGACGCAAGGGUUGUCGGGGACAGGAUUGUGGCGUUGGUCGAGACUUUGGGGUUGGGGGUUAGGUCCUUGGAGGAGUUGGGUGUGGGUAGGGAUGAGGUUUCGCUUAUUGUGAGGAGGGCGUUGAGGGGAGUUGAUAAGGGGGAGUUUUAUGACAGGGUUGAGGGGUUGGUAGAGUCGUUCUUUUGA